AUGGUGGGCUUAUACUACGAAGUGGCUGCGAAAGGAAACUUAGCGUUCAAAGCCGGAAACUACACUGAUGCCAUCGGGCACUACACCGAGUCCAUCAAUCACACACCAACCUAUACCGUGUAUGGCAGCCGAUCCAACACUUACUAUCAGCUAGGAAAAUAUUCCAACGCCUUAGAAGACGCUAAAAAGGCUGUAGCUUUGAACCGUAACUGGUACAGGGGCUAUACAUAUCUCGGUAAUGCUCAUUCCGGUUUGCGUCAAUAUGAUGAGGCUGUUUCCGCGUUUAAGAAAGGUCUAGAAGUUGAUCCAAACAACGAAGACUUGAAAUCUAAACUUGCUCAUGUUGAGGUUGUAAUGAAGGCCCAGGCCGAGUUUGAUGCAGCCCGGUCAUGUGGACCCCACUUGAACAACACUGGAUCAAAGAAAGAUGCUGCUGCUGCUGAUAACACGAAAAAAGAUCUUUUUGGUAGCUUUUUGAAUUCGUUAUCAGCGUCUGCUACGACGCUUAAACAACAUUUGAUUCCACAAGUUAUUAAUGAUGAUGAGGAUGUUAGUAGUGUCAAGGCGGCACUUAGUGUGCUUAAACGCAUGGUGGAUGAUGGAUUGAUUGUGAAAGCCAGCGACUUAUGGUGCGUUGCGACGGAUUUGUUUGAAGAUGCUGUAAAAAGAGAGAUGUUUAUAUGUAUGCCGGAUGAUGAGGGGAGGAUAGCUUGGUUGAAACAUAAUAUUACCAAGCAGAAAAAGGAUCAUCUUAUCGCCGUAAAUGUUGGUGCUGCUGCUGGUGCACCUGCUACAGCAGAAAACAAGGAAGGAAGAGAGUGA